CAGCCACGCCGACGUGCAAUUGCUAUCUCCCGGUGUUUGAACACGUCGAAGGAAUAGAAACUGUUUCGUGGCAUCGCAUAGCCGAGCGUUUUGUCCGUUCUUUGCAAAGAAGCACCGGUUUUUGAAAAACCAUGGCCUCCGCGACAAUCUGGGACGUCAUCAAGCGCUUCCUCGACGAGUACUCGGCAACGACGCCCAAGAAGAUGAAGAUCAUCGACUCGUACCUCGUCUACGUCAUGCUCACGGGCAUCGUGCAGUUCGUGUACUGCUGCAUCGUGGGCACGUUCCCGUUCAACUCGUUCCUCUCCGGUUUCAUCACGUGCGUCGCUUCGUUCGUGCUGGGCGUCUGCCUGCGACUCCAGGCCAACCCGCAGAACAAGUCUCAGUUCUUCGGCAUCAGCCCCGAAAGAGCCUACGCGGACUUCGUGUUUGCGCACAUCAUCCUGCACUUGGUCGUCAUCAACUUCAUCGGCUGAUGAACUUUCCUUUGUUCCUGUGUUCCGUUACGAAGAAGAACGGACACUCGCCGAGUGUGAAAGGAUUGUCUCGUUUGCCUGGUUUCGCGGAAUUUUUUUUUUUUUUUUGUCAUUUUCUGCCACCUUCUUUACCGGUCCACUUCAUCUUCCGUUCUUUU